AUGAUGCUCUGGAACUCCACCUUGGGAAGUGGCUUCAUCUUGGUGGGGAUUCUGGAUGGCAGUGGCUCUCCGGAACUGCUCUGUGCCACAUUCACCGCCCUGUACAUGCUGGCUAUGACCAGCAAUGGAUUGCUGCUCCUGGUCAUCACAGUGGACGCCCGGCUUCAUGUGCCCAUGUACUUUCUGCUCUGGCAGCUCUCUCUCAUGGAUCUUCUCCUUACAUCAGUUAUCACUCCCAAGGCUGUUGUAGAUUUUCUGAUUAAAGACAACACUAUCUCCUUUGGGGGCUGUGCCCUUCAGAUGUUCCUGGAACUGACACUGGGAGGGGCAGAGGACCUCCUUCUGGCCUUUAUGGCCUAUGACAGGUAUGUGGCCAUUUGUCAUCCCCUGAACUAUAUGAUCUUCAUGAGGCCUAGGAUCUGCUGGCUUGGGGUGGCCAUAUCAUGGACUAUGGCAUCUCUGAGUGCUCUAGGAUACACCAUCUAUACCAUGCAAUAUCCUUUCUGCAAAUCUAGGAAGAUCAGACACCUGUUCUGUGAGAUCCCUCCACUGCUGAAGCUGGCCUGUGCAGACACCUCCAGAUAUGAACUCAUGGUUUAUGUGAUGGGUGUGACCUUCCUUAUUCCCCCUCUUGCUGCCAUCCUGGCUUCCUAUUCACUAAUUCUGUUCACUGUGCUCCACAUGCCCUCAAACGAGGGCAGAAGGAAAGCCCUGGUCACCUGCUCUUCACACCUGACUGUGGUUGGGAUGUGGUAUGGGGGUGCUUCCUUCAUGUAUGUCCUGCCUAGCUCCUUCCAUACCCCCAAGCAUGACAAUAUCUUCUCUGUUUUCUAUACAAUCAUCACCCCAGCCCUGAACCCCCUCAUCUACAGCCUGAGGAAUAAGGAGGUGACUGGGGCUCUCAGGAGAGUCCUGGGAGGACGCCUUUUGCCUGCACACUAG